CCAUCUGUCCGGCGGACCUGAGCUGCGCCGUCAGAAGGCUCCUCGUGUGGAUGUUCCCGUCAGACUGAGCGUGGAGCCGGAGGAGCUGCAGGCCUGAACAUGGUGAGGCUGGAGCUGGACCAGGUGGUGAUGAGGAGGAUGAAGGAUGAAGACAUUGAGAUGGUCAAAGCUCUCAUCAAGGAGGGCUGCGAGGGAACCGAGAACCGCCUCAUCCUCCACAUCCUCACCCGUCCUCUCUGCCUCUUCAUCCUCGCCGUUUUCUCCUCCAUCCUGCGCUGCCUCGUCCACUCCUUCAUCCUCGCCCUCGCCAUCCCCGUCUUCCUGCUCAUUGUGUUCCUGAAGAUCACGAUGCCGCGGUCCACCGGCGUUCUGGGCAGCAGCCGGCCGUACUGGGACUACGUGGGCAGCAGCUGCAGAGGAGCGCAGGACGACAUGCUGCAGAACCCCUACUGCAGGAUCAGCGGCAGGACGCCCGCCAACAGAAAGGUCAGUCGGCCAGUUCGCUGA